CCCGGCCCGGCCUGGCGGGGCGGUGAUCUCGUCUCGCCGUAUUCCAUCGUGUCCCUCAUGUCGGCUCCCUUCGAGGAGCGCAGCGGGGUGGUGCCCUGCGGGACGCCCUGGGGCCGCUGGUACCAGACCCUGGAGGAGGUGUUCAUUGAGGUGCAGGUGCCGCCGGGCACCCGCGCCAAGGACAUCUGCUGCAGCCUGCAGAGCCAGCACAUCGCGCUGUCCGUGCGGGGCCAGGACGUGCUGCAGGGUAAACUUUUUGACUCGACAGUAACUGAUGAAGGAACAUGGACAUUAGAAGAUAGGAAGCUGAUUCAAAUUGUUCUAAUGAAGACAAACCGAGAUGCUGGAAAUUGUUGGACGUCUCUGUUAGAAAAUGAGUAUGCUGCUGAUCCUUGGGUACAGGACCAGAUGCAAAGGAAACUUACACUGGAGCGAUUCCAAAAAGAGAACCCUGGAUUUGACUUCAGCGGGGCAGAAAUUUCUGGAAAUUACAGCAAAGGAGGACCAGACUUUUCCAGUCUUGAAAAGUAAACUGCUUUUAUCUCUGUUCCCUGAGAGAAAUUUCAUGUUAGACAUAAGGACUGGAAUCAUGUAGCUGGUGAAGGCUUCAGUGAUCUCAUCAGUGGAUUGUUGUCAAGUAAUUAUUUCAGUGAAGAGAAAGAUCUCUUAUAAUAGAAUGAAGACAACGUAUUACCAGCUGAUUUAUAAACUGUAAUAACUUUCUAAUACCAUGGGACAAACUAUAGAGAAAGGCGUACACAAAAAGUAACAUCUUGAAGCAGGUGGGUUUGGGUUUUAUUUUUCUUUUUAGAAACAGCAUACUAAACUUGUCAGUUAUAAAUAUGCCACUUGUCUUUAUGCAAAAAUACCUUAUUCACUGUUGCAGAAUAAAGGUUAUUAAGCAAGAUAUUUAAUAUUUUCUCUCACCUUGCAAUGCAAAGGAUAUUAGGAUGGCUACACCUAAACUUUCCCUUUGUAGCAGCCCUUGGAAAACUCAUAAAUGUUAUUCUAAAAAAGUGAUUUAAAUAAAAUUACUACAGCAUCUUGCCAUGGAUAAGAUUCUACAGUCCAGUGUGCUGUCAAGUACAGCACUAAUGAUUGGUACUUGUUACCAGGUAAACAAUACUAGAAAACUGAAAGGUCAGGUGAAACUCUUGAUAUACAAAUAAUUCUAUGUGUUUAUGUAUAAAUAAAUAUUUUUGAAAGUAAGAGAAUGUGAUUACUUUCGAAAGGAACAGGAGGUCCCUAAGGAGGGAAUAGUAUCUUGCAUCUACUCAUUCCCAACAUAUAGCACUAUGCUGCUAAGAAGCUGUAAGUUUUUAUAGAUACAGUUUUUAAACUUAAUACCACAUUUUAAAUAUGGCUGCUGCAUCAUAUUUUACAUAUGCCAGUUAUGUAUCAGGAAUUUUCUACUCAUUGUUAAGAAUGCAGCUGAGAAGCUCUCCAACCAUAGCAAUAUGGAGCUGAGAAACACUCUGACCACAGGAUGAAAGCUGGGUAAAACAGGCUAACAGAGGAUGAAAACAUGAUUGCCAAAUCCUGUUGUAGUCUGAGCACUGAAACUAUUGCCUAUAUUUAAGUCCUAAGCAGAAGUCUCAGUGGAGAUAAACUGCAAGCAGCUGUGCUUCAUGCUGCUGAGCCUUAUUCUUAAAUUGCACCAUUAUUUCAAUUGGCACAUGGCAAAAAUAAAGCAAUAGUUGGGAAAGAAUGAUACAAUUUUAAUUUCAUCCACCGCUUUCUUGUAAGAACAAGCAAGCAUUAAUAGUACUGAAAUAAAGUGUGCUCCUUCUACUCAUGUCAUCUUUACAGAAUGUGAAGUAGGUCCAUAUACUGUGCUGGGGCUGUUGAGAACUUGCCUUACUAUGCAAACUAGUGUGGUAUUAAAUGCUGAUUUCUGGCCAUGAA